AUGUCCUUAGUUUCGGGUCCUGGUAGGGCUGCUGGGACUGAAUCCAGCUUGAACCUUAGUGUCGAAAGACAUGUGGAUUACAUCAAGAACUUGGACAGCAGGAGGGAUGAGCUAGAAUAUUGGCUUACAGAACACCUUCGCCUGAAUGGGGUGUAUUGGGGCUUGACAGCUCUACAUCUCCUUGGCCGUCCCGAUGUCCUUCCUCGUGAAGAUACCAUUGACUUCGUUCUCUCGUGUCAACGGGAGAAUGGAGGCUUCGGAGCAGCUCCGGGCCAUGAUGCACACAUGCUGUACACAGUGUCGGCAGUGCAAAUUCUCGUAACCCUAGACGCGGUGGAUGAACUGGAGAAGCGCGGUCUAGGAGGAAAGGAGAAGGUUGGCUCGUUCAUCGCAGGGCUACAGGACAAGGACACUGGCGCUUUCAUGGGUGAUGAAUGGGGUGAGAGAGAUACACGCUUUCUGUAUGGCGCGUUCAAUGCACUCUCCCUUCUUGGGCUUCUUCACACAGUUGAUGUACCCAAGGCCAUUUCCUAUGUCCAGCAGUGUGAGAACUUGGACGGUGGCUAUGGCAUUCAACCUGGAGCUGAGUCACAUGCCGGUCAAAUCUUCACUUGCGUAGGAGCUCUGGCAAUCGCCGGACGACUGGACUUGGUAAACAAGGACCGUCUUGGUGGCUGGCUUAGCGAAAGACAGGUUGAAAAUGGUGGUCUGAACGGGAGGCCCGAGAAACUGCCCGAUGCAUGCUAUAGCUGGUGGGUUGGAGCGAGCUUGGCUAUGAUCGACAAACUCCACUGGAUCGAUGGUGGCAAGCUCUCUGCUUUCAUCUUGCGCUGUCAGGAUUCGGAGGCUGGAGGCAUCGGAGACAGACCAGGCAGCAUGGUUGAUGUGUUUCACACCCAUUUUGCCAUCGCUGGUUUGAGUCUGUUGAAGUUCAAUGGCAUCCAAGAAGUAGAUCCAGUCUAUUGUAUGCCGAAGGCAAUUACACAGAAAUAUCUGCAACGGUAA